CGUUCAUUGACACCCAUGAUCUUGAUGUGGCCGCGGGUUGUUCUGGCCAGCAUGGUGAUGCUGUCGAGUGUUGUUGUCGGUAGAGCCACUCGACAAAGCUUCUACACGUACAAUGCACGGACUCAAAUGGAGCAUCGUCCAUCGGCCAAUCGUCGUGACAUCCAUGACGUUCUGGACGUGUCGUCCGUGUUUGUCCUUGACGUUGGCGAGCUCCGCGUCGACCUUCCCAUGCACGAUGGAUCUAGGGUGGCCUUCACGACACGCGCGUACAACGGUCAUAUUCCUGGCCCUACCAUCUACGCCGUCCCGGGCGACACAUUCCGCAUCGUGCUGCAAAACCAAUUGUUGCCGGGGGAUGUGAACGAAACGAGUUUGCACUUGCAUGGCCUGCAUGUUACAAACGACUUGACAUCGGUUCUGCCAUCGCAAACCACCAUGUUGACCUAUGUUAUUCCGUGGGACCAUCCAUCCGGGACAUUCUGGUACCAUCCCCACCGUCAUGGGUUGUUGAACUCGCAGAUCUCGGGACUCAUGGCAGGGGCAGUGGUGAUCCUGGACCGCGUGUCAGACCUGCCACCCUCGCUGCAGCAUGUACCCGAUCACGUGUUGGUACUACAAGGUGUUUGCUUGACGGAAUGCGCCACAGUCCACGAUGUGUUGGCAUCUGCGAUUCAAGGCACAGGACUCCAUCCACCUUCAUCGACGACGACAUUUGACCCCCAAGUGAUUAUCCACAACAACACGACCCUACCUCUGAAGGGCAUCCAGUUGUUGGUCAAUGGCGAGUCUGUGCCAUCUUUGAUUAUCCCUCCAUCAACUUGGGUACGCCUUCGGUUCGUGAAUGCGCUCGCCAACAACAUCGUCGAGCUUAAACUUCCAUGCACGUCGCAUCUCCUGGCUCGCGAUGGCGUGACCAAAUCCCACUGGCGACAGGUCGAUCUCUUGGUCAUGCCUCCCGGCGGCCGCGCCGACAUUGCCAUGCAAUGUCAAGUGGCUAGCACACGAUCGGUGGUGGUGGUGGACAGAAAUCUCAAGCGGAACGAAUGGUUAGGACCGUUUCACCAUCGCGCACCGAGCCAAGUCGCGUUGGUGAUUCUCACGGCACACUCUGACAAACGCAACUACCAAGGCGACGACGUGCCUCCGCUCGAAGCAUCUCCUCCACACGUGACCUUGCCGUGGUACAUGACACAACCGAACGACGCCGCCAAGGACUUGCGGGAAUGCGACGUUGCGUACGCCUUUACCACGGACGUAAAUCCCUCCGAUGGCAGCAUCAUGUUUGGUGUGAACCAUGUUUCCAUGCCCGCCAGGGAUCCUCAGGUGACGAUCCUUCGACGGAACGAGUCGACCAUGUGGUGUGUGGGCUCGAACGCCACGCACAGCCAUCCGUUUCACGUGCACAAUACCCACUUCCAGGUUGUCGACUCGACGUGGAACUCGACCCAACCUCACUUGUACGACCUAAGCGAGUGGCGCGACACGAUUCCCCUGUACAAAGACCACGUUCGUCUGCAGUUCACGCCAGCGGUCCUUGGUGAUAUGAUUUCCCACUGCCAUAUCGCGUGGCAUGCAGAUCGCGGCAUGGGUCGCAUGUUCCAAAUCAUCGAGUAGACCGCCUCGUACAGGUGUAGCUACGCCUUGCCAAGCGCCAACUCAGUGCGCCAAUUGACUUAUUUAAGCCAACAAGUUGCUUUGAACAUUUCC